GAGAGCAGUGUGUUGAGAGGUAGGGUCGUGAUAGGAGGGGUGCCCGCUCUCCACCACAACCACCACCACCACCACUGUAUCUACCACCACAACCCAAAUCAUCACCACCACUUUAUCUACUUUUAUCUUCUGUCCGAUCACUCCUCUUCCUUGGGUAUUCCUCUCCUUCAGUUAUUUUAUAUUUUUUCCUCUUCUGUUUCUUCCAGUUUCCUCUGACCUAUCCUUAUAUUGCUUAGUUUUUUAAUCUUCUUUGGCUCCACCAUCACCACCACCUCGCAAACCACCACCAUUACUGUAUCUACCACCACCACCACGCAAGUCUUCACCGCCGUAUCUACCACCACCACUGAAUCUACCACCACCACCACCACCACGCAAGUUUUCACCUCCACCAAAACCACCACCAUCACCAUCCACCAGCAGCGCCUCCGUCAGCAGUAGACAACCAUGGCGCGUUCAAGAGCAGACACCAGAACUGAAACCAUCGCACCUGACAACACCAUCACCACCACCACCACCACCAUGGAAUUCACCACCAUCGACACGCAGGAUUCACCACCACCACCACCAGAAGCACCACCACCACCGCUUGACACCACCAAUACCAAGCUCAUCUACAGCACGGAGGAGUCACCACCGUGGGGCCAUUGCAUACUCCUGGCUUUCCAACACUAUCUGGCUUUCAUCGGGGGGACCAUAGCCACGCCCCUCCUGGUAGUGUCCUAUAUGUGUAUGGAGCCCAGUGAUACCAGUCGAGGGGAUAUUGUCUCAACCAUAAUCUUUGUCUCCGGGUUGAUCACAAUUCUCCAGACGACCUUUGGGAUUAGGUUGCCGAUCAUACAAGGGGCCAACUUCGCCUACGUCGCCCCGUCCAUUACCAUCCUGGCCACAAGCUUCCCCCCCUGCGACACGCUUGACCUGAGCAGCCUGACGGAGGACGAGAAACGGGAGCAGUGGCAGAUAAGGAUGAGAGAACUGCAGGGGGCCAUUGCCGUGUCUGCUGUGCUUCAAGUGUUCCUGGGAUUGUCUGGCGCCGUGGGUAUCCUGAUGCGCUUCGUCACGCCCCUCACCAUCGUGCCCUCCGUCACCAUGCUGGGCCUCUCGCUCUUCUCCGUGGGCACCAAGCAAGCCUCCUCCCACUGGGGCAUCUCGGCGUUUACCCUGGUGUUGCUGGUGGUGGUGUCGCAGUACCUCAAGAACGUGAAGGUCCCGCACCCCAGCUACAGCCGCGCUAAAGGCAUGCACCUCGUUCGAUCCCCAGUCUUCACCUACUUCCCCCUCCUCCUGGUCAUGUGUGUGUCCUGGACCGUGUGUGGCAUCCUGACGGCGUACGAUAUCCUACCCGAAGGAUCUCUAGCAAGGACUGAUGCCACGGGGGGACUCCUGCGGGACGCCUCGUGGUUCAGGAUACCCUACCCAGGCCAGUGGGGCACCCCGACCGUCGGCAUGGGCGCCGUUGUGGGCAUGACAGCCAGCGUUAUCGCCUCUAUUGUGGAGAGCAUCGGCGACUAUCACGCUUGCGCUAAACUGUCGGAGAGAGUCACACCGCCUGUCCACGCCGUCACGAGGGCUGUUGCGUGCGAGGGUAUUGGGUGCGUCCUGGCUGGGCUCUUCGGGACGGCCAGCGGUACAGCAUCCUACACCGGGAACAUUAUCCUCGUGGGCAUUACCAGGGUAGCCAGUCGUCGGGUGAUCCAGGUAAGCGGGGUGCUGAUGCUCCUGACGGGUGUGUGUGGGAAGUUCUGCGCCGCCUUCGCCACCAUCCCGCUCCCCGUCCUCGGCUCCUGUCUCAUGUUCAUGUUCGCUCUCGUCACCGGGGUUGGACUGUCCCCCCUCCAGCAUGUCUCCCUGCAGUCUAAGAGGAACACCUUUAUCAUUGGGUUUUCUCUCGUGGUGGCGCUGGCCAUUCCUGAUUGGCUGGAGCGUCACCCCAACACGAUCCAGAGUGGGUGGCACGUGGUUGACCAGGGCGUGACCUCCCUGCUGAAUACCUCCAUGUUCCUGGGCGGCAUGAUGGGUAUGAUCCUGGACAACACCAUGCCGGGUACCAUAGAGGAGCGGGGCCUCACCCACUGGCAGUAUUACCAGCAAGGGCGGGCACCCUCCAAGGACCCCGCUGACCCCUGCUACGAUCUCCCCUUCGGCACGACAUACAUCAGGAGGUGGCGGUGGACAAAGUGGGUUCCCUUCCUGCCCACCUUCCGGGGCUGUCACGGCAGGCAGCGGGACGAAGCCAAGACUGCUGAACCGCGGAGAGAGGAUGGACCGAGGGGAUGCUUACAAAACGCGCGCGAUGCUUGCAGGGGGCGAUGUUGUUGUUCCUGGUGAUAGAAACACGGCGAGGAAUGGCAAGAAAGGGAGGGAGGAAGGAAGGAAGGAAGAAACCCGUGUUACAGCCAAAGCUUUUACCACUAAGUCGCAAAUGUACCUUUAAGUGUUAGAAUGUAUUUCUGCAUUGAUGCUCAUGUGUAAAUAAUGUUUUUAUGUGUUCGUAAGGGAUGUAGACUUUGCAAAAUGUAUAUAGAGAGUGGUACCUUGCAUUUGUAUGUUUAUACGCAUCGUAACGCAUGAAAAAUUAGUUGUUUUGUGUGUCCGUAAGAGAUGUAGACUUUGUAGAUUUGUAAAUUGUCUCCGUGUAAAUUUAUGUGAAGAAGUACUGCUAUCUUUGUGUACUUAGAGAGAGGUAAAUUGUAUUUGUACGUUGAUGUGCCUGUGUGAAUACUGUCUUUGUGUGUUCGUGAGAGAUGUAUGCUUUGCAAAAUGUAUUGUUACCGUUCCACGCUUUUCUGUCGAUUUGUAUCCACCUGAAAGGUGGGAACCCAGGGCUUUAUAGAGCCCGUCUAGGUUAUUUAGAUUUGUCCCUUCGCGAAGGGACCAGGUGCCUCUGUCGGGUGACGGCCCAUGGCACCGACAGACCGGCUCUGUCGGCUGACGUCAGCCGAGCCGACCAAGUCGGUGUGUCGGCGAGGACUGCUGGCUUGUCUGUGUCCCACCAAUAAAACGAAUUGUAAUUUAGAAUUGUGCAACAUUGAAGACAAAGACAUGUAAACCAACACACUGCCGGCUCAGUUUGUUUUCACUGUGUUUAUUUCACGCCAAUAAUAUAGAUGAUGACAAAACCUUA